AUGGCUCUAGCCGUCCAUCAAAAGGCGACAUUGACAACCCUGUUGUUGAGGGAUGGGACUAUAUACUUCAGUGUGCUGUUGGCGUUGAAUGUGGCCGGGGCUGUGCUGUACACCACAGACAUCUUCAGAGACUUUUCGCUGAUCUUCCACACGAUCAGCACCAUUUUGCUAUCGCGCUUCUUCCUCAACCUUCGGGACGCCGUCUUGGUUCCAUCCAUGCCAUCGCACCCGUCGCAGAUAUGCAGCGACCUCGAAUUCAGUGGGGUGCUCGGUAACAUCGGUGGCUCCCUUGCUUUCAAUGAGGCGGAAACCGACGACGAGGCGAUGGAAGAUAGCGACAAUGAAGGCGAGCUGGGCCGCAAGCACCAACGGGCCACAGAUCAGAGUGAACCCGACGAGGGCAUAUUCGGAGAAAGUUCCUUGGAUUUUGUCCGCUCGAGAUCACCCCGGGGCGACGUGGACAGUCUCUUGUCUAACUCCGUGAUUUUGUACGUCGAGACCCUAGUUCCUGAUACCCUUCCUUAG